CCGCGGGCAAGCGGACUCAGUCUGUGAGCGCCUUUCUAGACGCACGCACGUUCCCGCCAAACGAACUGUCAAAUAACGCUCUCGAAAAAAGUUGCGUACCGAACUACAAAAACAAAAAAAUACCAGUGAUUUUAUACUGAACUUUGUGCAGUUUAUUACAGUGUUUUUAAGUGGUAUCGUGGAUUUUUUGUGAUUUGAACGAGAUUCGAGCCGGAUACAAGGGAUAGCAGUCGAGGGAAUGGGAGUGCUGGAGUGAUGCUGUCCACAACGGAUGAAGCUCGGUAGAGGAUGAGAUACGAUUUUCGAGAAUGACUCUAAACCGAUCAUGAAGUGAUCAUGGAGUCACCAGUCAGAAUAUGUUUAGGUGCAGCAUUAGUAGUCUGCCUACUACUGCUAAGCAGCACCCCGGCCGCUGGCGACACGACCCCCGCCCCCCGAGACGAGAGGACCCCUAAGCACGCCAAGAUCAACAGCACCACCUGGCUCUCCAGGAACAGAGCCAAGAGCCCCGAUGUAGCUCUCAAUGAACUCAAUCCUAAAGAAACCGUAUCCGACGAGGAUACGGACAAAAAUGCCAAAUACAAAGAUAGGGGAAGGGCACGGUUCAACUCGCAGACUCAAGCGCAAAGAACUCAGGCUCUUAGAAGCAGAGUCAGGUCUGCGCUGUCGAUGUCCACAACGACGACGACCACGUCAACGACAACGACGUCAGGCCCAAAAUUAAUGAUAGUAACGCCUGAACCAGAGAAAAAGAAUGUCAGUCAAAUCAUGCAAGGCAUGAGAUCCUAUAAAAAGACCAAAAUGCCGCUAGCGACAUCCAGUACUACUCCUGUCCCAAAAUCAAUAGGAGACGAGGGUGAAGAAUAUAGUGAGGAGUUUGAUGAUGACGAUAAAGAUAGCUACGAAAAGUUUAGUACUAGUAAAUUUCAUGAAAGCACAGAUUUUCAUAUACCUAGUUUUGCUGAUGACAAUGAUUUUUCGCAAGAUUCGACCAAAGAGGCUAGUGAGAACAAAGUUCAUAAAGCGUUUAGUAUACCUUCGUAUGAUAAAUUUUCUACGUAUUUUCCUAAAGAGAUCUCAUAUAGUUCGAAUGCCGAUGAUGAACCUUAUAAAUCGGAAAGCUUCUUCUCUAAUUUUGAAACCGAUCUAACAACUCCAAGAAAUGACUUUUUUGACAAGAAGUUCAAGGAGGUUUCCAGUAGCAUUAUUAAAAACCUCGACGUAGUGAAAACAAAAUCAACUUCUAACAACAAAACUAAUAUCCACAAGCGUGUGAAAGAAGAUAUAGAUUUAGCGAAACGCAAUAAAAGCGCACCCACCAAUAAGUCGACUGUUAUAAUUAAGAACACCAAAGAAGUCCGUCUUCUAGACAAUGAGAAAGUGGGAAGUACGAACCAAGAGUUAUCUGAUGUACACGGUACAAGUAUUUAUUAUGAAAUGUCAAGUAUUUUAUCAACUGAAACCUAUUCUCUUGACCAGUCUGAUGAUGACUGUGACAAUGACACGGUUCCUAACGAGCCUACUCCUAGUACAACCGAGGAAGAGGAAACCAGGGCAUUACCGGCUACUUCAGCAUUAGUCCUAACUACUAAACCGACUGUAGCUACGAAACCUGAAGAUCUAUCAACUUCAGCACCCAACACAACAAGCGUUGUUAGUACAGUUGCCACAUCCCAGAAUUCAAUUCUGUCUACCGAAGAAUCACUAACAACCAAGGUUAUUUCCACAAGCUACAGCAGAAAUAGAAGCUACAAGCGAUAUAAUAUGAAUGGGACAAGGGAGCCAAAUAAAAUUGCUGCUAAUGAUCAAGUUGGUUCAAAUCAAGUGUACAGACCAGUCACCAGGAGUCCUCUGAAAUUCCACUACACAACACCAAAGAGUAAACCAGUCUGGAUGUCUCCAAGAAAUGUGACGAGAACUGUUACAAGAACUAAACCAAUGCCAACGACAAUAUACUUUGAACAUUUCGACAUUAGUGAUAAGGUAUCCACUACACCACGACCGAGGCAACCUAACAGGAACUCGUUAACAACACAGACUUCAGAAAUUGAUCCAGUAUUGCAGACGGACGUUAGUGGAGUAAAGAAGGUGGUUCAUACGCCAUCUAUAUCUGACAAUAGCAUUCCAUCUUUAUGGAAGAGAGGAUCAGCUAAGUUCUCUUCUUCAACGGCUGCAUCAGCUGAGACCGAAGCCAGUGACAAUAGUGGUACCAGUGACUUGGAGAUUCCUCCGACGUUGACUGCUUGGGCUCUGGCUAGUCUGAGAAGCCCACCUUCCUUUGCCAGUCCUGUGGCCAACGCAUCUACAACGACACCGAAAACUGAUGAUGAAAAUGAACUACAGAAAGUUGGGGAAGUAUCAGAUCAAAAAGAGACAACUACAAGCACCACCACUUCUUCAACAACAGUGUCUAGUACCGUGAAUGACGUCACUACUAAAUUGGUGACCGAAAUAGAGCAGAACAAACUACCCUCACGAACACCUAGUUUGUCAAGCUCGUCCACUACUGAAACACCAACGGUCUUUACAACAACUGACUUCGAAGUGGACACUACAGUUGCUGCUAUUGUGUCAGACACCACUACCUAUGAAGCGGAAACUGAGGCUGACAUAACAGAGGCUGCUACAGAUAAUUAUUCUACCGAAGUAACAACUGAAUCACUGCUAGAGUUUGAAGAUGUUACUACUGGGACUUCCGCUGAGACAACAGAAACGGAAUCCAAAUCUGAGAGGUUACCAGCUGAAAGCAAUAUUUCUGUACAAAGCAGUGCUGAGCCAGCUACUACUGAUGUUGUGCAAACUAACCAGCCCUAUGGAAGCACUGGCAUCUCCGCAGCCGACUUCAUCGGUCUCACCAAACCGUCCUACCAGCCCCCGCCCUGGUGGUCCGGAGUCAACACUUCCAACUUCCAAAAUGUAACCAUUGUUGAUCCAAGAAACAACAGCACAUUGCCUGCAGUAAGUUCAUCUAACUCCAAGUCUGCUGGCUUCGAAUCUAUUACGAAGUUGCCGUCAGGAAUAACUACUCCUCAAGGUGACGACAUUUCACCAGUGACGCGGACCCAUGAAAUAUAUCCUGGAAUCAACACCGCUCUUCCUACAACAACAGACUACGACAUCACUACCUACAGGUCCUCGUACGUGCCUUUAGUGACUACCAGCGAACCUUCACGAAAUACCCCUCAAAAUCCUGACUACUACACGCCCUAUGAAUGGCGUCCAAUUCUACCGUCGAAAUCUACAGUAGUACAAGGACCUUCAAGGACCACGAAUAUCUUUGAGAACGCUCCAAUAACUACAUACAGGCCAACCACUGGAGGGUUUGAGGAGGAAGCUACUACUAUUGUUCCUGAAACGACGACUAUAGAAAUUCAAAUUAUACCAGAAACUACUCCGCAAAUUUUGGAACAAUCCACUAUUGUGAAGAACAGUGAAGCUCCAGAGUUAGAACAGACUACAAUGAUCUCUCAAACAGUGACUGAUGCCAAGAGCGAGAGUGAAUCUUCAACCAAAGUUGCUAUGACACCGGCUGUACAAACAACUAGCGCUGAAACUGUAACCACUUCUGAAGAAAACAGCGGCAGCAACGAAGUAAUUACACUUACAAAAUCAACCACUACUCCCAAACCGGAACCAACCUCCCCUGUAACCAAACCUAGCGAACCAUCCGAAACCACUUCUGUAGAAACAGAAACCCUCAAAGAGUUAACAACAGGAACAGAGAGCGAGCGCCUAGAAACGACUACUCAAAAGCUUCCAACCACAGUCAUAACUGGCGGAAAGGUGUACGAUGACGUCAUAGAGAGGGAGAGGACUGAGGAUAAUGAGGUGGAGUCUACUACAGAUUAUUCAGCGACGACGGCUACUGGCGAACUUGAGGCGUCUUCGGGGAUCCUGUCUCCGGAGGAGGCGGGGUCGGGCGCGGCCAUCGCCAUCACUGUCAGCACUAUCGGAGUCAUCACACUCAUCUUGCUCAUCGGACUUUUGCUGGUGGUGCGUCGGCGCGGGCGGCGCGGCGUGUACGCUCAGCGCUGCACCCCGGUGUCGCUGGACGCGUACAGCCUGGACAGCGUGAGCGUGGGGCCCCGCAAGGGACGCGGCAGCAAGCGCAGCUACGGGAACCCCGGGUUUGAUGAUGAGGUGACGUCCCACCCGAUGCAAUACGCAGCUCUGGCCAACUUCGCGCUCGACUCCGAGCUGAUGACUCGGGAGUUCAGCUCCAUACCCUCAGUGGCCGUCAGCGCUGCGGAUGUACCGCCCGGGGCUGAAGACAAGAACCGGUAUAGCAACGUGCUGCCGCUCCCUGAGACCCGGGUGCUGUUGAAUGGUAGCAGCCCCGUCAGCUGCUAUAUUAACGCUAAUUAUGUUACUGGUCCCGGCAACAUAAAGAACUACUACAUCGCGUGCCAGGCGCCUCUGCCCAACACCGUCGACGACUUCUGGCAGAUGAUCUGGGAGCAGAACUCCAGGCUCAUCGUCAUGCUUACGGAGUAUAUGGAGAACGGAGUGGAAAAGUCCUACGAGUACCUACCGCCGUCCGAGAUAUCGGACAGCAAGCGUACCUUCGGCGACUACCAGGUGGUCCUUAAAAAGCGCGAGCAACACGACAAAUACGCCAUCUCCACGGUCCAGCUCAUCAACCUGCGUACCAGGACCUGGCGGGAACUCACGCACUUGUGGUACUUCUGGCCGGCUAAAGGAGUCCCCGAUGAUUACGACUCGAUGAUCGAUUUUCUCACCGAGAUGAGAGGGUUCAUGAAGAUCGCGCAGUCGGCUAAGGAGUUUGAUGAGGACGGCGUAGAAGUGAUAUACGGCGACCAGCACCGCUCGUCCUUCCACAAGCUGUCCAAGCUCCGCUCCGAAGACUCCAACGGCGGCGGCGGCGGAGUCAACGUGUACUCUCCGGCCAGAGCUGAGGAACAGCUGAGGAGGAACAACGAUACCCUUGCUAGGAUGAAAGCCAGCCAGGAUGGGGAAGGAGUCCGCCCCUGCGUGGUGGUCUGCUCGUCGGGCGCGGGGCGCUCGGCCGCCGUGAUCGCGCUGGACGUGGGCGCGCGCGCGCUGGCCGCCGGCGCCGUGGACGUGCCGCGCGUCGUGCGCGAGCUGCGCGCGCAGCGGGCACAGUCGCUGGCUAAUAGACAUCAUUACAUCUUCGUUUAUAAGGUACUAAGCGAGUAUGGUAACAAGCUGAUGGGUGGAGGAAACGACACUAUCUGAAGGAAGCUUCACUCGACUCGUGUGUAAAUUGUAAAAAUCUUCAUAAGACAAUAAUUCCAUGACACUACAAGGAAAUGUAUAGUUUUAAUCCCUAUUUGGAAAUAUACCAAAGGCUAUGUUUUAAGAUCUCUUGAUCGCUCAAAAAGGAUUUAUCAAUCGACUUAUUCGAUAUAUACCAUUAUGACGAAUAAACUAACUUUAUUUAUAGCUAACUCUUAGUUUCCUACUUAUUUUAGAUGAUGUGCAUAAUACUUAGUUGAGAGUUAUUGUAGGCUUUUUUAUAUUUACCUAUACAUGUAUAUUUGUCAAUUUGUAAUUAUGUAAUGCUGGGUUUAGACGAGCAAUAAAUGUUGCAGAAGUCAACGAGUGCGAGGGUGUAAACUACAUAAUUUUCAAAUAAUUUAUUUACUUGCAGAAGGCGACUUUUGCAACUUUUAUGGUCAAUAAAGUACCCACUUAGUUAAUGUUAUCAAAUAAUAUAUGAGGAUGUUUACAUAACUAGAUAUGUCAUUACCACAUUCGAAGGUGCUUUUAUUACCUAAGUAGGAUCACUUAUUACACUAUGUUAUUACCCCAUACCAAUAAUAAAGUAUGUCUCUGAAUAAUAGUAAAAAAAUCGUUUGUCGUACUUCUUAUAAAAAAGUUUAAAUAAGGUGUAAUGUCAAUGCUUACUACUUAAGUAAAGAAGAGAAAUCAUGACCUAAAAUUACAAUAACGGUUACUCUAGUCUAGAAUCAGAUGUAUUUUUGUGUUGGGCAUAACAUAACAUAAAUAAAUUAAACCUUACCUUAAAACGUGCGUCCAUGAAUCAAAUAAAUUACGUAUGUAUGUUAUUGCUUUUUCAAUCAAAUUAAUUGUUUUGAUAGUUAUUUUAUGUAUAUUCAUUAAUUUGUUAAGCACUGUUGUUAUUAGCAUAGGUAUAGUAAUUAAUUUUUCAAUGCAGCUAAGAUGAAUUGACGAAAAAUAAAGCAUUUAUUAUUAAAUUAGGUAUUAAGUUAAAAGCACUGUUUUGUCAGACACGGUUAGAAGCUAAAUUUUAAUAGUUUGAAUAAGCUUUUAAAAUAUUUAAUUGAUUAAAAUUAUAAAUAUAUUAUAUUUCAUUGAUGAUAUUUAAAAUUCCUCAAUUAUAGUCAUUAUAAGAUCUGUUUUAUAGAAAAAAAUGCAAUAAAGUCAUAAACAUCA